AUGAUAGGAACAACCAUCGUCUCCCCAUCUCCCAACCGAAAUCGCUACUAUCUCAAUCGGAUCCUAGGUCAAGGUAGCUUCUCCAAAGUCAUCCAGGCACAUCUACUCAAUCAAACCAACAACCAGCCCGUCCCCUCAGAUCAAAUGCCCUCAAACGAAACCGACAAUAUCCGGAUGAGCACUCUCAGAGAAAUCGAGAUCUUGAAGUCAAUCGACCAUCCGACCAUCAUCAAAUUAAUCGAGAGCUUCACAAUCACCAAUGAAUCAACCAACCUGAUCAAGAAGAACUCUUCAUUACAGAUCAUCGUCUUGGAAGAACUCAGAGGCGGGGAGCUCUUCGAGCUAGUUUCAAAAUUCAAAUCGACUCUGAGGCCAUUGAUCAUCUGUAGAUUGAUGGCCGAACUAUGCAUCUCGAUCCAUUGGCUUCAUCAGCACGAUAUCGUACACCGGGAUCUCAAACUUGAAAAUAUCCUACUAGUCAGAGAAAUCAAAAACAUCCCGGAAGAGGAAGAGGACAUCCUGACGAACCCGAACGUAUAUCUAAAAGUGACUGACUUCGGAUUAUCAGUCAAGCUGACAAAGAGUGUCGAUCCGAAGCAUUCGACCGAGAGUGGGAUGAAGUUCUUACAGAGCAGAUGCGGUUCGGAGGAGUAUGCGGCACCAGAAAUCAUCCUUGGACGAGAGUACGAUGGUACGAAGACUGACGGAUGGGCCUUGGGAGUGAUCGGCUACAGUCUCGUCAUGGGCUUCUUGCCCUUCAAAUUACCCCAGCGGAUCGAGCCUGGGACUGAGGGGGACUCGAGAAGGGCUAGUCUGACUAACUCAAACGAGAUCGUUGAAGAAGAGAGCGAACAGGCUUAUCUCAAGAAACGCAAACAAGGGCUACUGAAGAUCAUCAAAUCUGAAUACCGUUGGAAAUCCACUCAGUCCAAUCAUCAUUUAAAUCAUCUGAACCAGAAUCCAAUGGGCUCAGAUGAUCAUCAACUCGUCCAAGGUCAAAUUCAGCUUGUCGACCGACUCCUGGUCCGCGACCCUCUCAAACGAUCUAGCGAUCUCCUCUUUGGCUUCCGAGAUCCGACUUGGUUGGGUCGGUUCAACUGGCUGAAAGAUUCCCUUCUCACCCCUGUUUCUUCCUCAUAA